AUGCUGACUGUGCUGUUCAGCUCCACCGGGCAAGAGCUCAAGCGCUUCCCGCAGGGCGAGGGGGUGGCAAUUUCCGUCGAGGAUUUGCUCGGAGCUGCCUAUGUCUCCGGUGAUGAAGCGCUAGGCCUUGACGUGCCCUACACUCGCGCCGAUGCAGAAGUGACGGGCUUGACACCGCGCGUGACCGGCUUGGCAAUUACCAUCGAUGUUUGGGCCACCUCUGGCGGAGAGUGCGAGUUGCACCACACGUUGCAGACUGAGAAGACGCUGAAGGUCUCAGUCGAUCAUGCUGGCCCUCUCGCCUGCAUCUCUGUCCAUGCUGACCGGUAUUGGGUGACGCAGUCGGUAGAGCAGCCUUUGGGGACAGAUGGUACUCUCAGGGUGGAGGACUCCCGGGGAAUCCAUGUGAGCUUCCGGAAGUCGGGCUCCUUCUACUUCCUCGAGGAGCAGGCCUUGCUUCGAAGUCUCUCAGCGCUUCUGCUCUGGAUACAGUUUCCAGUCCUCAUAACCUACUGGUUCUGCAUUCUUUUCCUGGGCACUCUCUCCAGCAUUUACAUGGCUGUGGUUCAUCAGGCUUGUCGGGAUCCGGCGCUGUCUUUUGCUUUCGGCGGAGUGGAGGCUUCGAUGUAG